UCUGGCGGGAGCAGGUGUGAGCUCCCGGAGGCUGGGCCUGCAGUGACUGCUGCUGUCAGUCACCUGUGAGCAGAUGCCUGGCCUCUGCCAGGCGUGGGGGCCUGGGGGGCGGGCCCCACGCAGUCCCUGGGAAGGAGCGGGCGCCGCCUCAGACCCUGAGGCCACGGUUCUCUAUUCGGCAAGAACAACGCUUUCACGGCCGGGAGACGGGCACACUCACCGGCUGCCCCUCCGUGGCUCCCCCGGCAGAGGUUCAGGAGGGGGGGCCGCGUGGGGCUGCCGUGGGGACUUUCCCGCCGGUGGGCCCGGAACCGGUACCUGCACCCGGCAGGAGGGACUUUCCGGCCUCGUCCUGUGGGAGGCUCCUCUCUGGGAAAGUUCUCAAAUGAGCUGUCGAGUAGGUGCGCCUGGGCCCCAGCACGACUCAGAAGGUACAAAACAACCGCUCUGCCGCCCCAGCCGCCGCGCCACGGUGCCAGGCCUGUGUGUGUGCACGCGUGUGCGUGUGUGCGUGUGCGUGCAUGUGUGUGUGCGCGUGUGGUGCACACAUGUGUACGUGUGUCUGCUCGCUCCACCUUUACACACCUGGCGGGCUGCCCAGGCCCCGUCUGAGGCCACCACGUGCUCCAGGGACAGUCGGCUGGACCAUCGUCUUCUCUGUUCGGCGGAGCUGGGGAGCGCCCUUGCCCAGGCUCCCGAGCAGCCACACGCUCCGGCUUGUGGGCCGGUGACACGCCACGCACACGGACACGGCCCGCACAUGCUCCCCGCCCGGCACCUGGAGAGGGCGGGCCCGCUCGGCGGCACGGCUAGGUGUGGCCAGCCCGGGAGCCGGGAUGGGCCUGGGUGAAGGCGCUUGUGCCCCAGCCCCAUCCGGCUCCCGCGCCAGGUGCCGCCAGCCUGGGCCGACGCCAUGUCUUCACGUGGCCGCCCCUCCUCGCAGCAAGGCCAGUCGUGUGGGGUCAGGGCUCCCGUGUGGACUGGGGACACUGGCCUCCCACACCUGCGGGCUCAGACGUGGCUGCACACGGGCACCUGCUUCCCCGGCUGCAGCCCUCACCACUGCCACUGCCCGCCCCGCCAGCCAAGGAUCCGGCCUGGAGCCGGGACCCUCUGCAGCCGGGGCUGAAGGAGGCCUGACCAGCGCCUGUGUCCUGCCUGUGCCUCGGCUCCUCGCGAGCUCUGGGCGCCUUCUGUGAGGGGCCUGUCACGCUGGCCCCUGCCUCCUGAGGGUCUGCCCUGGAGGAGGGAGUGUCCAGAGGAGCGAGUGUGAGGGCCCGGGGUCUGUCCGGGCAGUGGGCUGCCCCGCACCAGCACGGGCUCCACCUCUGUCCGGGCGGGAUGCUGUGGGCGGGCUGGUGGGCGGGUGCGUGCAGACCAGACGGCGGGACCCGUGCUGGGGGCUCGGUGACCCGGGUCCUCACUCUGGCCAGGUCUGCUCAGGUGGGAGGGCCGAGCCUGCGGUGGUGGAGGGUGUCCUCGGGCCUCCGCUGCCUCCUCCCCGCCCCUCCCCCAGCCUUUAUAGUCACAUCCUGCAAGGAAAACCCACAGACUCCUGCCCAGCUGCCGAGGCAGAGAUGUGUGUGGGUGCUCAGCGGCCCCGGGCACCGCCGUCCGCCCUCCUGCUCCUGGGGCUGGCGCUGGGCUCCGCGGCCAAGCUCACCUGCACCGGGGACACCUACCCUCAGGGCGGCAAGUGCUGCCAUGACUGCCGGCCAGGGUUCGGCAUGGUGGAGCGCUGCACCUCCACCCAGGACUCCGUGUGCCGAGAGUGCGCCCCCGGCUUCUACAACGAGGCCACCAACUACCAGCCCUGCAAGCUCUGCACCUGGUGCAACGCGCGAAGCGGGAGCGAAACCAGGCGGGCGUGCACCCCCACGAGCGACACCGUGUGCAGCUGCCGGCCCGGCACCCAGCCCCGCGGCAACAGCUUCAAGCGAGGAGUCGACUGUACCCCGUGCCUCCCCGGACACUUCUCCCCGGGCAACAACGAGGCUUGCAGACCCUGGACCAACUGCAGCUUGGCGGGGAAGCACACCCUGCAGGCCGCCAGCAGCAGCUCUGACGCCGUCUGCGAGGACAGGACGCCCCCUGCCCCCCAGCCCUCGAAGACCCCGGGCCCCCCAACCCGGCCCUCCACCGCCCAGCCCACCACCGCCUGGACCCCGACCUCACAGCCGCCCACCAGCCCCCCGACAGAGCCCCCCAGGGGCCCCCAGCUGGCCGCUGUCCUGGGCCUGGGCCUGGGGCUGGGCCUGCUGGCCCCCAUGGCUGCCGCCCUGAUCCUGCUCCUGCACUACAGAGCCAGGAGGCCGUCCUCCGGCUUCCGGAAGCCCAUCCAGGAGGAGCACUCGGACGCCCACUCCACGUUGGCCAAGCUCUGAGCAUGACCUGGGGCGGCUGUGCCCUCUCAGGCCAGGGGGUGGGGUGUCCCAGGCACAGGCCGCCCUCUUGGUACACAUCACCCCAUCGCUGUCACCUCGUCCUCCUGACACCCCUGUGCCCAGCUCCCAGCGCUGUCCCCGCCCGCACCAUUCUCGGUGCCUCUGGGCCGGCACCUGGGCCCUAUGUAUGCUGUGCAUACUCCCCACCCAGGUGGUAACCCCAAUAAACACGGCCAGCA